AAGAACAGAACGAACAGGUGUAAUCCAAAUUUGGUGAGGUGUAUAACAGAAACAGCGAGUUUCCAAACAUACCCAAUUCUGUUCUCUCUAUUACCCAUCAGGAACCGCCAAAAAUUCAUCUCAUUUUUGGUCGCCCAUUCCUGUCCUUCGCCUUCUGGGGGGCUCACAUUUCACUGCCUCAAUUCGUUUUCCUUCACAUACUUUGCCCCUUUUCCGCACCCCCCAACAAGCUUAUUCAUCCCUUCUCUCUCCCUCUCUCUUUCUAUCCCUCUCUGUUCUGUUCUCUUCUCUUCUGUUCUGUUCUCGUUGAAUCUUUUCCUUCAUAGUCAAAGAGUGUUCUCCCUUUUUCACCGCUGAUUUUGGUCUGCCAUCGGAUCGUUAAUCUCCGCAUUUAAGAUCUGUGGAGAUGUCUGGCUUUGAAGGCGUUUUAGUUUCUGACCAAUGGCUUCAUAGCCAGCUCACUCAAGUGGAGCUUCGAAGCCUCAAAUCCAGAUUCGUAUCGGCCAAAAAUCAGAAUGGCAAAGUGACGACCGGAGAUUUGCCAAAUAUAAUGAUGAAAUUGAAGGCGUUUAGGGAAAGACAUAGCGAAGAGGAGAUCAGGGAAAUCUUGAUCGAGUCAGAUCCUGAAUUGUGCAAUGAGAUUGAUUUUGAAUCCUUUCUCAGGGCAUAUUUAAAUGUUCAUGGCCGAUCAGCAGAGAAAGUGGGUGUCGCAAAUAACUCUUCAUCAUUUCUCAAGGCCAGCACAACCACCCUUCGCCAUACGAUCAGUGAAUCAGAGAAAACACUCUAUGUGGCUCACAUAAAUAGCUAUCUUCGAGACGAUCCGUUUCUAAAGAAUUAUCUCCCAUUAGAUCCAUACUCAGAUGAUUUGUUUAAUCUUGCAACAGAUGGAGUUCUUCUCUGUAAACUGAUCAAUGUUGCUGUACCUGGGACAAUAGAUGAACGAGCUAUCAAUACCAAAAGAGUUCUCAACCUAUGGGAGAGGAAUGAAAACCAUACUCUUUGUCUCAACUCUGCCAAAGCAAUCGGCUGUACCGUGGUUAAUAUUGGGACACAGGACUUGGUAGAAGGACGACCGCAUCUGAUCGUGGGAUUGAUUUCGCAAAUUAUAAAGAUCCAACUAUUGGCCGAUCUUAACCUGAGGAAGACGCCUCAACUCUUGGAACUGGUCCAGGAAAGCGGGGAUAUUGAGGAGCUUAUUAAUUUACCUCCAGAGAAGAUUCUGUUAAAAUGGAUGAAUUACCACCUUAAGAAAGCAGGAUACAAGAAAACUGUUUCGAAUUUCUCGUCUGACCUGAAGGAUGGAGAGGCUUAUGCUUACCUUCUAAAUGUUCUUGCUCCUGAAUUUUGUAAUCCAUCCACAUUGGCUACCAAGGAUCCUUAUGAAAGGGCAAAACUUGUACUCGAUCAUGCAGAACGAAUGGAUUGCAAAAGAUAUUUGACUCCAAAGGAUAUUGUCGAGGGUUCAUCGACUUUGAAUCUUGCUUUUGUGGCACAAAUAUUUCAGCAACGGAGCGGUUUUGCAGUAGAUGGGAAAAAGGUAGCAUAUGCAGAAAUGAUGGCAGAUGAUGUACUAACUUCUAGAGAAGAAAGAUGCUUCCGGUUGUGGAUUAAUAGCCUGGGAAUCGUUACUUACGUUAAUAACGUAUUCGAGGACGUCAGGAAUGGAUGGCUACUUCUAGAAGUGCUUGACAAAGUUUCUCCAGGGUCAGUUAACUGGAAGCAUUCAUCAAAACCUCCAAUCAAGAUGCCUUUUAAGAAAGUUGAAAAUUGCAACCAAGUUGUACGGAUUGGGAAGCAGUUGAAAUUUUCAUUGGUUAAUGUUGCUGGAAAUGAUAUUGUACAAGGAAACAAGAAGCUCAUCCUUGCUUUCCUAUGGCAGUUAAUGAGGUACAAUAUUCUUCAACUUUUGAAGAAUCUAAGAUCUUACUCUCAAGGAAAAGAGAUGACAGAUAGUGUCAUCCUGAAAUGGGCAAACAGCAAAGUGAAGGGCACUGGGAGAGCUUCUCAGAUCGAGAGUUUUCGGGAUAAGAGUUUGACAAAUGGAAUAUUCUUUCUUGAACUUCUGAGUGCUGUAGAGCCUAGAGUGGUGAAUUGGAACCUUGUUACCAACGGGGAGAAUGACGACGAGAAGAGGUUAAAUGCUACGUACAUUAUCAGCGUUGCACGAAAACUGGGUUGUUCCAUUUUCUUGUUACCUGAAGACAUAAUAGAGGUGAAUCCAAAAAUGAUACUCACUUUAACUGCUAGCAUUAUGUACUGGAGCCUUCAACAGCCUGUUGAAGAAGUGGACAUCUCUCGUUCUCCUGCCACAGCGAGUACUAUCACGGAUAUGUCGACUACCUCGUCCAUCAAUGGUGAGGAUGAGAGCUCCUCGCUCUGCAGCGAAGUUUUGAACUUGAGUUUAGAUGAUACUGCCUCGGAUACGACAGUCUCGUCGGUGGUCGAGAACGAAGGGGAUCUCAUGUGAGGCUGCUACCUCUGAGACCAGUCUCCACCAUUAUAUAUUGUGAAUGAUGGUAUAAGAAUACAGUGAGAGUUGAAUAUAAAGAAGGUGAAUUUGGUGGUGUGUUGAAAGUGUGUGUGGUUGUUACAAUGUUUGUUUGCUAAAAUGGAUGGCCAGCAAAAGGCACAACACAAGCUUCAAACACUCCUCUAGUACUGAAGAAGGAAUCAAAUGUAAAGAGAAGAAAAGGAAUGAAAGAGGUGGAGGGGAUGGGAAUCUAAUAAUGGGCUCAAUCUCAAAUUUUACUCAAAUACUUUUUAUUUAUUUAUUUAUUUA